UUUCAAUAGGCAAGCUCCUGUCAACCACAUGGUCCGUAGUCAUGACAACCGUGUCUUAGCCAAUCGGAUUGCUUGUACUACUGGUCUGGUGCGCUCGUACACGGCGGUGCGAGCGGGGUUAUUAAUGUCUGCCUACGGCGGUGCUGUUGUGGUCAAAUGUCGACAGUCGCAUAAACUGGCUGAGAUUGUGGAGACUGACCGGUCGGAGGAUCUGGAUGUGGGUCUGGGCAUCCCUGAGCUUUCGGCCGUGCCUAGUGCGGUGGCUGUAGGGGCACGCGCACGUGCGGAAAACCACACCAGCACGCACACACACACACACAGCUUACAUGCACACAGUGCCGAUCAUCCCUUUCAACAAGCACCUGUGCAUGUCGGUGUGGAGUGUGGGGAAGGCGGUACUUGGGAUGAGAGGGGUCACGAAUUGGUCGAGGUCGGCGAGCGUACUGAUAGGAGUAUAUUACCCGUACCUACGGAAUUCACAGACAGUCUUAGUCCCCGGAAUGGGAACAGCGGGCAUGGUAGUGCCGUACCUGAACGAAACAGUGAUAGGAAUACGUAUACUUCACGCGGCGCAGAGAUAAACCGGGAUGUAAACCGGGACGAGCCGGCGUUGUUAACCAUGGCCGAGCUGGAGAUUGAGCAGGGUAUCGACUGGGGGGCGGAUGAGCGUCCUACGGCGGGUACAGUAGAAAGCGCCUAUAGUCAUGCGAGUACACCUUCUGCACAUACACACACAGAGCAUGGGGUGGAUGGGUUGAAUGGGCCACCCACGUAUAUGGGCGAAGGUGCAGACGGGGGCGUGUAUGCACACACAGACGUACGGCAUACAGGCACGUCUCAGGCUUUACAGACACACCGAUUGGAGGACGGAGAGAUAAGGAAUGAUAUAGAGAGACAUGCGGUAUCAGCAGACGGCUGUACACACACACCGCCUACACAGGGACUGAAUGAGUGGGUGCACGAGGAGGGUAUCGACUGGGAAGGCUCGCUGGAAAGAGAGAGAGGGGGGUCUUCACCACACACACGUACACAUGAGGAUCUGUACGCGAACGCCGUUGGAGACAAGUACGCGGAUACGCAUGCAGACACGUAUGCGAGCGCACAUGCACAGGCAGAUAGGAGGGUAGGUAGUGGAUAUGCAAGCUUGGACACACACACACAAACGCAUAAGUUAACUAAGGCACAGAAGCGAAACAUGGCUGCGGCAGAGAAGGAGAUGACGCAACACCAUACGGAUGCAUACAACAGUACUGGUAACCGUAGCAACGAAGGGAACCAACACCAUGCCAACAAUCAAACUGAAAACACGCAAUACCUGGACUAUGUGGAACAGGCGUUCUAUGCGGCCACCCAUCCCGAUCAGAUGCUACAGGUGCUAGAGGUAGUGUUGGAUGUGACUGUUAGAAGAACGUGA